UGCCACCCCUGUAUUUCUUCCUACUUGUUAUUUCUGUUACGACUUACGACUCCAACGCAAGAAGAACCUACCUUUUUCUGAUCAAACUCUCAAUGGCCACUGAAACCAUGCAAGAGAUGGAGAUUGAGAGAAAGAAGAGGAGGGAGCUGAAGCACCUAGGGUUCGCGAGGACGGUGGCGAUUCACGCGCUCGUCUGCGUCUCCAGUAUCUACGAUUACGCCAAACAAAACUCGGGGCCUCUCAGAUCCACCGUCUCCACCGUCGAAUCUGCCGUCACCGCCGUCGUGGGCCCUGUCUACAGAAAAAUCCAAGGCGUUCCUGAUGAUCUUCUUGUUUUCCUUGACGACAAGGUAGAUGAAGCUACACACAAGUUUGAUGAGCAUGCUCCACCGUUGGCAAAGCAGGCUGUAAGAAAAACUAAUAAUUUGAUUUACAAGGCAUCUGAAAAGGCUCAUAAGCUUGUAAAUGAGGCUCAAACUGGGGGUCCUCGUGCUGCUGUGCAUUAUGCUGUUUCAGAGUAUAAGCAGUUCCUUUUAUCUCAAAGUGUGAAGAUAUGGGUUGGAAUGAACCAGUGUUCACCAUUCCACACGGUGGCAGAGAAGGCUGUGCCUGCGGCUGCUCACUUGAUGGAGAAAUACAACCAUUUGGUGAAGGACUUGACCCAGAAGGGUUAUCCUAUCUUUGGCUAUAUGCCUUUAGUUCCUGUUGAGGAGAUAUCCGAGGCAGUUAAGGAGGGUGAGGCUGAAAAGAAAAGAGAUACAGCUGCAUCUGCUGAACACAAAUCAGAUUCGUCUGAUUCGGAUUAAGAGAGUUUCUAUGUAUUGUCUAAAGUGUAAAAAUCUAUUUGCUUCUCCUAGUAUGUAUUAUGGGAACUUAAAUAGGUUAUGGGCGUGGGAAAUGUGGGUGGGUUGUGACUGUAAAUAACUUCUAGACGUUCAACUCCUUUUGAAGUAUGAAUGAUGUGAAUUACUUUGGAAGGCUGA